AUGAGUGAAGGGGAUUUGCCAAUGGCGUUUGGCAGCACGCCUCGAGGCGGGCACCGAAGUCAUCCUGUCCCGCAACAUCCAAACCACGGCAAUCCGCAAUCUCCAUUCCACCACCAACCAUACCACCGCGGUGGCCACGGUGGUCAUCAUGGCCAUGGCGGUGGUGGCGGUGGUCAUCGCGGAGGAGGUCAACGAGGAGGAUAUCAGCGAGGAGGGGGAUUUCACCGAGGGGGUGGCAACAACAACCAUUACCCAGCGCACUCUGGGCCGCAUCGCGGUGGCUUUGACGGUGGAUUUAUGCCACAGCAUCAACAUCAACAACAACAUCAACAUCACGGUUUUCACCGCGGCAGCGGCGGUCGGGGCGGUCGCGGCGGGCAUCGUGGCGGCCAUUCUGCCGAUGCUAGAUUGGACAUUCGUGCAUACUACAAGCCGAGCUUUUUGGAAAACCCUUGGGCUCAGCUGGAGGACAAUCUUCGAUUUCCACAUGCGUUUGAAACAAUCCGCGGCACUGGGCAUCCUGUUCCAGUAGAUAUGGCCAGCGACAAUGGUGCUUCUGCUGAUGCCUCAAGUCCUAUCGUUAGUAAUGUGCACCCGGCUGUGGACACUGCGGUCGACACAAGUAGUUAG